AUGUCUUGGCCUUGGUCGUCGGCAGCGCCAGCAGAAGAUAUACCCCCGGAGGAAAUCGAUACCGAUGCCUCAUUCUUCGAGAAAGAGGUUGAUCACGCCGUAGAGAAACUAGACGGCAUCCCGACACCCCUGCUGCUGUUUUCCGCGUUCGCGCUGGGCGCAGCUUCUACAUAUGCCUGCAUUCAUGCCCACCGUCGGUUCUGGAGACGACUACCGAAUGGAGACUGGAUCACCCCCGAGCAUUUUGCUAAGAAACGGUGGAUCAAGGGCGUCGUCACCAGUGUAGGCGACGCGGACAACUUCCGUCUGUACCAUACGCCUGGCUUCGGAUGGAGGUGGCCAUUGAAGUUCCGACGGGUUCCUUCGAUAGCGAAAGAGCUGAAGGAUGAGACUAUACACAUUCGGAUGGCUGGGAUUGACGCACCGGAGGCCGCGCAUUUCGGCCGGCCAAGCAUGCCUUAUGCUGCAGAAGCUCUUGCAUGGCUGAAACAGACAGUCGAUGGCAAAGCCAUAUACUGUCAACUCAUCAGGCGCGAUCAGUACUUCCGCAUAGUUGCUGUACCGGUACUCCCACCACGCCUCCUCCCAGCUUGGCUCAAGUCCGGAAGAUGCAUCUCGCUGGAAAUGCUGCACGCUGGCUGGGCAUCGACGUAUCAACAAGCCAACGCGGAGUAUGGUCAGUGGGGCAAGGAAGAAUUCUUGAGGAUAGAGCACGAGGCCAAAGUCGCGCGACGAGGACAGUGGGCCAACGGUAUAAGUGGAGAGACGCCCGCAGAGUAUAAGAGGCGCCAUGCUGGUUCUGCAGAUGCGGCAGAGAAGACGACCAAGGACUCACCAAAGCCUCCGGCGAAGAAAGUCGGGUAUGGUUCUGCAGAUGCGGCAGAGAAGACGGCCAAGCCCUCACCAAAGCCUCCGGCGAAGAAAGUCGGGUUGCUUGGACGGUUGUUCGGGAGGUCAUGA